CCUUUUGCAGGACUUGGAGACCCGGAGCUUCUCCGAGGUGUCUCCAAUCCCUGCGGCAGGUGGCCUCAAGGCCAUUCUGCAGGACUUAGAGCCCGGAGUUUCUCCGAGGUUCUCUUUCUCUCUUGCAGGUGCCCUGGACACCAGACUGUGGCAUGGCAGGGAGACGCUUCAGCCUGCUCAGGCUGUUCCGGAGGAAGAAGGAGGAGGAAAGCCCUGGGGCUGCUCCAGCACAGCAGCCUGAAGAGGUGCAGCAGGUGCAGCCCCCGCAGGAGGAUGCAGGCCAGGAGCGGACAGAAGAGCAGCUCCGUGCCCGUGGCCGCUUCCGCAGGGCAGCACAGACAUUUAUGAAAUUCAUGGGCAGUCGGCGUAGAAAGGCCAGGAUCACACCAGCUGAUGUCCAGGCCCAGCCUGACACCAUCCCGACCCAGGUGACAAAUCCUGAUGUCAGCACCGCGUCGACUGCUGUCCCAGCAAAGUGUGACACCGCAACCAGUGAUCAGACAACCCACUGGGACACCACGUCCAUCGAUGAUGUGUCACACUGUGACUCUGUGCUGCCUGGUCUCACGGAGGAGGUCGACGCCACAACGACGGAGGGCGUGGCGAGCACUGACGCCGGGCCUGUUCAGCGCCUGGCCGAUACCCCCAGCCUGGAGUUUCUUGAGGAGAGAGCUGUCUCUGCUGAAGUAGCCAUAACGCCAGACGGAGACAUGCAGCAGAGACCCCCUACGGUGCCCAAGCUGGCCUGGGUGAAGGAGGAGGAGAAGGAGGAAAGCCCUAGGGCUGCUCCAGCACAGCAGCCUGAAGAGGUGCAGCAGGUGCAGCCCCCGCAGGAGGAUGCAGGCCAGGAGCGGACAGAAGAGCAGCUCCGUGCCCGUGGCCGCUUCCGCAGGGCAGCACAGCUGGUUUGCAGAUUCAUCAGGUGCAUUUGGCAUGAAGAGGCCACUUUCAUGGCCACUGGGGCCACGGCAAACUCGGACCUCUUCAAUGCCCAGACCAGCGCUGCCCUGCUGGAUAUGCUGGUGGAGAACGAUGUCUACAAAGCAAAGCAAGUGCCGGCCAUAGUCAGGUGCAUCCAUCAGUGGCUCACAUCCAAUGUGUCUGAUGAGCACAGGCUGGAAAAGACUCUGGUCCUGCUGACCAAGGCACACCCCAUGGAUGUUGCAGUGACCCUGCUGCGCUCUGCCCCAGCCUGUGACAGAGCUGCUCGCACCAUGUGGAAGACGCUCAUCUCCUCCAGAGGGACUAAGGAGCCGGUGCUGCAGAUCCUCUUCCAUGUGCUGGAAUACUGGCCAGCGCACAGGAGACGCACCUCUGAUGGGGAUGAGAGGGAUGUCUUUGCCCUGGCUGCAACUGUGGCACUCUGGGAGAUCCUCCAGCUCUCCCACUCCUGGUGCCCAAGUGCAUUGAAGGACAAUUUCCCGCGCCUCCUUCUGACUCUGCUCUUCCAAGUUUUCAUCAGCACAGAGGAGAUGUCAGAGGAGGUCGAGACCUUCUGGAGGCGAUGCCGGGAGCAGCGCAGCCUUCCCCCCAACCCCAACAGGUUUGCAGUGCAGACUGUUAAAGCCCUGCUGCGCCAGCUGCUGGAUGAGGACGUGUUGAUGGCGAUCGGUCGCAAGAGUGGCUGGGACAUGCUCCUCAAGGCUGACAGCCACCACUAUGCAGUGGGUCUGCUGGCCAGGGAGCUGUGCCAUGUAUCCCGCUCCUUCUGCCGCAGCAUCGCCGUCAGCCUGCUCCCGCGGCUCAGCAGGGGAGAGCCCCUGUGGGAACUGCCUGCCCUGGCGUUCCUGGUGGAGGUCCUGCACUGCCUGAACCCCAGACAAUAUGGGCCCAGCGUCCUGCAGAUUAUUUCCAGGCACCUGCGCAGUCAGUGCCCGGAGAGGCGUCGCCUGGCGCUCCGAGGCCUGGUGGUGCUCAGCAAGGCUCCCUCAAUGGUGAGCAGGGGGCAGGGGCUGAAGCUGGGCCGGCAGCGCUCUGUGCCCCUCAUCGUGGGCACUGAGUGCUGCCAGGAAACUUUGGGCCCAGUGUCUUUUCAGGCCUGUGCCCCGGUGGGCCUGGAGAAGCCAGUGCUGAGGUCUUUUCCUCUUCCUUUGCACCAGGAGCACAGCCAGCUGCAGCAGCUCUCCAUGCUCCUCUUCCGGGAGCUGAUGGAAGCGACAGAGAGGAACAAGAGCCUAAAGCCACACGUGUACCUGAGUCUGGUGCCAUUCUACUUCAACUGGCACAAUGAGAACCAGCGUGUGGCAGAGGCCUCUCGGAGAGCACUGUUUGGUGCAGCCAGGUUCUUGAAGUGGAGAGAUCUUGAGCACUUGGUGACCAUGGAGCAGCCGUGGAGGUUUCCCGAGUGCCUGCUGGAAAAGGACAGGAGCCGAGUGGGCCAGUACGUGCGCCAGGCCCUGCCGUUCCUGGAGAGCCCAGAGGAGCCCCUGCGAAAGCUGGCCAUCAAGUUUCUGGGCACCUUCAAAACACGGGCAUGGGCUUCUAAACUCUACAUCCAGCACUUGAGGGCAACAAAGGAAGAAGCAGCAGAAGCUGAAGCAAAGCAGGGCCUGGUGUGGUGGAGCUUCAGGGAUGGAGGGAAGUAA